UUAAUAUUAAAAGUAAAAAAAGAUAUUUAUAAAAAUUAUGGUAAAUUGGCGAUAAUGAAAAUUUAUAUAAUCAACGGAAAUUGAUAAUAUUAACAUCUUCCGUCCGCGUGGCAAAUCAGACCAACAUUUAUAUACCGAUAUUGGAGAAGAUAUGCAUUUUACCAUAUGCGAUUCAGCGCUAUUAAAGUCGUGAAUGCCGUUAUUUGCACCGGUACGAAACAGUUACGUAAAAGUAGGUUUUCUUUUUUCUCAGUACUCUCUGCAUUGAAAUGAAGAGGCUUUACCAGAGUUGUUAGUGUCGGUAGUAUCCUAUAAAGUAAGGUUUAAACUAGAGUAUACGUAUUGUAUUAUUGAUAGUCAACGAAUUAAAUAAUGGGAUAUUUAAAGUCUACUGGUACAGCGUUCAUAUAUAUCGGUCUUUUCGCUGCUAUUAUUACAUUCUUACCAGGCCUACCUCCAGAUGUUGAAUUUUCUGAAUACAGUAUAAAAUUUCCUUCUGAAACAAAGCAUCAGUUUGAGUUAAAAGAUCGACUAAAAGGAGCCGAAAUAUUAUUUAAUGGUAAACUAAAAGGACCGGAAUGUUUUGCUUCUUAUAAUGGAGAAUUGUAUACUGGCAUACGUGGAGGUUAUGUUGUAAAAAUUGACCAGAACGGCAUUGUACCAGUUGUAAAAUUUGGACAAAAAUGUGAUGGUUUGUGGCAGGAGGAAAAAUGUGGCAGACCUUUAGGUUUAAAGUUCAAUGACAAAGGAGAAUUGUUUGUUGCCGAUGCAUACUAUGGCAUUUUCAAAGUUAAUGUAAACACUCAACAGUACGUAAAUAUUGUUAAUAUUUCUUUGGAAGGAAAAGUUCCAAAUUCCUUGGAUAUUGCUAAAAAUGGAGAUAUUUAUUGGAGUGAUGCAGAUGCAAACUUUCCACUUCAUGAUGGAUCUUAUUCGUUUUUAUCUAAUCCAACAGGAAGACUUCUUCGAUAUAAUGCUGCAACGAAAAAGAAUGAAGUAUUAUUAAAAAAUUUAGGAUUUGCAAAUGGAGUUUCAUUAGCUGUUGAUGAAAGUUUUGUAAUUGUGGCAGAAACUCUUACUUCACGUAUUAUCAAAUAUCAUUUGAAGGGUCCCAAAACUGGACAGCAUGAAAUUUUUGCAGAAGCCUUACCUGGUUAUCCAGAUAAUAUACAUACAGAUGGACAAGGAGGUUUUAUAGUGUCCUUAAUUCUGUAUGUCGAUUCUGAACAUCCUUCGUUAGUUCAAUCUCUUAUGCCACAUCCAUAUAUACGAAAAAUGUUAGCUAGAUUUGUGUAUCUAAUAGAAGCUCCAUUUAAAUUAAUACAAGAUGUGUAUCCAAAUUAUUAUGUGGAAAGAGUUUUGUACUCUGUAGGUUCUUUCGAUGCUUUUAAACUUAUUUUAGACACAAAGAAAACAUCUGUAAUACUUAGAUUGGAUAAAACAGGAACUAUCGUGGAUGCUUUAUAUUCAAGUGAUAGCUCAGUUCACGACACAUCGUCUUCUUACAUUCACGAUGGAUUUUUAUGGCUUGGUUCUCCUUGGAAUGAUUACAUAAUGAGAAUUCCUUUAAAACAAGCAUUUCCAAAUUUAAAUGAAAAUAAGAAAUCAGCAAAUGUAAACCAACAUAUAAAACAAGAACCACUUUUGACAGUAACAGGUACACCAGAAAUAAAAGUAAAUGUAAAACCUUCAAAAGCUAAAUCUAGUGCUCAAGAAACUACUACAAAACCUACGACUACAACAACAAAACCUACAACUACAACACCAAAACCUACGACUGUAACACCAAAACCUACGACUGCAGCACCAAAACCUGCAACUACAACAGCAAAACCUACGACUACAACACCAAAACCUACGACUACAACAUCAAAACCUACAACUACAACACCAAAAUCAACGUCUAAAGCACCAGUAACUCAAGCGUCAUCAAAACCAGUCACACAGAAGACAACAGAACAACAUUCUGCUACUACACCAAAGCCAUCUUCAACACAACCUCCUUCAAAAGCACCAGUAAAAGAAGUCAAAAAAGAAAAUUUGAAAGAAGUGAAGAAAGAAACUUCUACUGCAAAUGUUAAUGCAAAGAUAACAACUGAAAAAACUGAGUCCACAAAGAAAAGUAAUGAAGCAACAGUAAAAUCAAAAUCUGAAGAUUCUGUAAAAAAAAAUACUCGUGAAACUCAGUCAGAAAAAUCCAAACCAGUUGAUAAGAAUAGUUCAACCAAAAAAUAAAUCAUAUUGAUAUGUUGACUGUCAGUUCAAGUUUGAAUUAAAACUUGAUUCUAUUAUAUUCCAUGUUAAAGGUUCUAUGCAUUCCAGACAUAUCGUCAUAGUUGUUUUAAUUUUAUAUUUUUUUUAUCAUUCCUACAAUAUUUUGCUAUUUUAGAAUUAUUAUUUGCUUUCAUUUAGAUUAUUCUAACACAGUUUCAGAAAAUAUUAUGAGAUUCUUUUAUUCUGUUGUACUUAUCAUACAUAUAGUAAAAAAGCCAGGAAAUGCAUUAGAGACUGUGAUUUAGAUUUGUACAUAAAGUUGAAAAUAAUGUUGUUUUUCCAAACUUUUUCAUAUCACGAUACAUCUCAAUACACUAGUAUCGUGUUUAGUAUAUAUUUAAUAUAUAUACUAAAUAAUAUAUACAUAUAUAUAUAUAGAAAUACGUAUUUUGUAAAUUCUAAUUUUAUUUAGUUGUAGAACAAAGAUGAGGUCCAAGUAGAACACAGGAAAGAAUAUUUUUGUUAUAGCUAUUUUUGUUAUUUUAAUAUCAAGUGAUCAACAUUCCAAGGAAAUGAUAUUGUAUAAUAGAACAAAAUUAAAUAUUGAAAUGAUUGUAUAAAUUUGGUAGUCUAUAUUAGGUGAGUUCUGUUUGUCAAAUUUUGACCAUUCCCAUACAAUUAAAAUUAUUUAAUGUAUUCAGAAUGAUAGAACGAUAACUUCCAUUAAAAUUUUCAUUUUCUAUUUUUAUAUGUAAUCUAUUUUUCUAUUCAAGGCAUGUUUAACAUAUACAUACAUAUGGUUAUAUGUAUAUAUAUGUAAAUAUAUAGUUUCUAAUUAAUAUAAAAUUCGUACUAAUUAAUGCUUUCUCUUGGGGUAAAUAAAAUUAUAUUAUAUGGAAAUUAAUUUUUUUCACAGUGAUAUAGAAUGAUAUUCUUAACUUUAUAUAAAACUUGACAAAAGGUUGUAUAAAUGGUAUAACAAUAAAACCCAUUUUUUUUAAA